CGCCCCCUCCCCGAUGUGGGCGGGGCCAGGAGCACCUCGCCCCUAAAGGUCUCGCCCUGGCGGUUGGAGGCCUAGCGGGAUCCUAGCAUAGGAGGCGGCCUGAGACAUGGCAGCGACGGUGCUGAGGCGCGGAGGCCGGGUGCUGCAAGGCUUUUCGCACAGCGUUUGGAGGUCACAGCACACAAAAACUCAUCCAAACCGUGAGCCAGCCUUAGGAUUUAACUUUGAGCUCACAGAGCAGCAGAAAGAAUUUCAAGACACAGCUCGAAAGUUCGCCAGAGAAGAGAUCAUUCCUGUUGCCGCCGACUAUGACAGGAGUGGCGAGUUUCCUGUUCCCCUUAUAAAGAGGGCUUGGGAGCUGGGGCUGAUCAACACACACAUUCCGGAGAGUUGCGGUGGCCUUGGACUUGGGAUAUUUGAUGCGUGCCUCAUUACUGAAGAGUUGGCGUAUGGGUGCACAGGUGUUCAGACGGCCAUUGAGGCGAAUUCUUUGGGACAAAUGCCUGUUAUCCUUGCCGGAAAUGAUCAGCAACAAAAGAAAUAUCUGGGGAGGAUGACCGAGCAGCCAAUGAUGUGUGCUUACUGUGUAACAGAACCUGGAGCGGGCUCUGAUGUGGCUGGCUUACAGACCAGAGCAGAGAAGAAAGGCAACGAAUAUGUUAUUAAUGGUCAGAAAAUGUGGAUAACCAAUGGAGGAAAAGCCAACUGGUACUUCCUUUUGGCUCGCACCGAUUCUGACCCCAAGGCCCCUGCCAGUAAAGCCUUCACCGGAUUUAUUGUCGAAGCAGACACCCCAGGAAUCCAGAUCGGGAGGAAGGAGAUAAACAUGGGCCAGCGAUGCUCGGACACCCGAGGGAUUGUCUUUGAAGAUGUGGUCGUGCCCAAAGAGAAUGUCCUCAUUGGGGAAGGCACCGGCUUCAAAAUUGCAAUGGGAGCCUUCGAUAAGACCAGACCUCCCGUGGCUGCUGGUGCUGUCGGGCUUGCACAGAGAGCUUUGGAUGAAGCUACCAAGUACGCCUUGGAGAGGAAGACCUUUGGAAGGGUCCUUGCGGAGCAUCAGGCCGUGUCCUUUUUGCUGGCUGAAAUGGCAAUGAAGGUUGAACUGGCCAGGCUGGCUUACCAACGAGCAGCAUGGGAAGUUGAUGCAGGCCGCCGCAAUACCUACUACGCUUCCAUUGCCAAAGCGUUUGCUGGUGACAUUGCAAACCAGCUGGCUAGUGAUGCAGUACAGAUUUUUGGAGGCAACGGCUUUAAUAGUGAAUACCCAGUAGAAAAACUCAUGAGAGAUGCUAAAAUUUACCAGAUUUACGAAGGGACCGCUCAGAUCCAAAGGCUGAUCAUAGCUCGAGAACACAUCGGCAAAUACAAGAACUGAGAAAAGCUCUCCUCAGUCAAGGGAUCGCUCAGGAAAUGACAGAAAAGGGGAAAGAUCCGAAUGUAUUUGCUGGUGAAAUGAAAAAAAAUCAGAUGUUAUCUCUUCGACCCUAAGAAAGAGAUUAUAAUGACAGUUUUAUACUCUGGUUUAACAGGAAAUCUUUUGCUUCAUUAAAGUACUUGCGUAUUAUUUCUACAGCCCUUGUAUUAUAAAGCACCAAGGGAAUAUUUCUAAUUACUUGGAAAAUGGUCAUUUUGAAAACUGCAAUACUGAAAACUCCUAGGAUUUCUAGCAGCCGAAAUGAGGGAUAGUGAUCUAAGCAACAUUAAGACUCUCACCUUUAUUUUUGCAUCUUCCCCAGGUAGCAAGGCUUACAUUGUUCACUGAGGUUCCUACUUCUCACAUUCAGGACAGCAGACAGGAGAAGGGGGAUGGCCUGAUGCUAGUAAAUAAUCCAUGACUGUGUCCACUGUACACCUUCCAGACUCCCCCCUGGAAGGGUUGUUUGUCUCUAAGGCUGUGACUGGGAUGGGGGCUCCCACCAACCCUGCACAGAGCGAUUCUGCUGUCUAUAUCUCUUCAUAGGCCAGUACCUAAAGGCAGGAGAAAAUCUGCUUCAGCAGCAAUCGAUUUCUCGCUCACCUUUUUGUUUGUUUGUUUGUUUGGUAAAGAGAGCUAACUUUUUAUUCUAUGUAGGAGACUGUGUUGGUCUCUUAGUAAUGUCUGUACCCAGUCUUCUUAUUUGCACCUAUUUUUAUAGGGAAUUUAAUCUCUCUAAUGAACAGUUGAUGGUGUAGCAAUACUCUAGGCAUAUUUUACUGAGAGAGAAAAAUUGAUCUGUUACGGCAUUUGUUUUGAUUUUGAAUUUAAUAAGCAUAUCUCUAAAAGAUACAACCCACUUUAUUUAUUAAACUGGCCUGUUAGACCAUUAUCGCUGAAAAUGUAAAUAUUAUGAAAUGAUGUAGGAACUAAAGUUCAUGAAAUGUCAUCUUUAUAAUGCCUAAGCAUCAAAUAUUGUAUAAUCUUAUAAUGAAUUAUCAAAAUAAAUUUUUUUUGCAAAAAUUU